UCGCUCCGGUCAACAGUCAGUGUUUGGGGACGAGCAGCAGCAGCAGAGCCGCAGGAGGAGAAGAAGAAGAAGAAGAAGAAGAAGAAACAGAAGAAGAAGAAGAAGCAGCGGCUGUGAGGGGAAUGUGGAGGACUAUCUGACAGCACACACACGCAGCUUUUACCUCCUUUUUUUUAUAUUUCUGAUAAACCGUCCGGAUCAGAACCCAGGCUGCUGCCGUCAUUGAUGAAGAAGAAGUGAAGCUCGGGUCAGAAGGACUGGAGGCUCGAUCUGUGGCAGCAGAACCAGAACCAGAACCAGAAGAAGAAGAAGAAGAAGGAAGCGUCCGAGUGAGUGAGAGGAAAAGGAAAAAGUCCAGCGUCAGGAUGAACAACAACAAGAUCGAGAAGGAGAACGAGCAGAGCGACUUCAGCAGCCACGAAGAGGAGGUCCGAACGCUAUUCGUCAGCGGGCUGCCGCUGGAUAUCAAACCUCGGGAGCUGUAUCUCCUCUUCAGACCAUUUAAGGGCUACGAGGGCUCCUUGAUCAAACUCACUUCGAAGCAGCCGGUGGGCUUUGUCAGCUUUGACAGUCGAUCAGAGGCCGAGGCUGCCAAGAACGCCUUGAACGGCGUCCGUUUCGACCCGGAGAUCCCUCAGACCCUGCGGCUGGAGUUCGCCAAAGCCAACACCAAGAUGGCCAAGAACAAGCUGGUGGGGACGCCCAACCCGCCGCCGUCGCAGCAGAGCCCCGGGCCUCAGUUCAUCAGCAGAGACCCCUAUCCGCUGGCUCCCACCUGCAGACGGAACUCCUCAGGGAUGGAAGUCCAGGCAGUUCUGCUGAAGUACGUGUUCCUGAUGUGUGAUGGUGGCCGUGGCCGGCUGUGACGUUGCCGACUGCCUCUCGAGUCCCGUUAGAAACCAGGAGGACCGAGCCGACCCGACCCGACCGGGCCCUGGGAGCAGCGCACCGUCGGCAGCGGCAGCCUCGCGGGCCUCAGGACGAACCAGACCCCCAGCCUCCAUCACACAUCGAGCCCCUCCAAAGUCCCUCCAACUUCUUUUUUCUUUUAAUUUUGUUUUGUUUUUUUUAUACUGUUACAUACUCGAGAUUUUUCCCGCGGCGCUUUGGCCACGCCUCCUCCGACGCGAAAAGGUACCGAAAACUGACUGCAUCAUCGCCCGUCCGACGUCACGCAAGCGUAAAGAGACGGACCGCCGGAGAAGGAGCGCAACAAAAACAAAAAACGCGAUUUAUGCAGCCGCUUUGCAACGGAAGUGUGGCUAAAGCGCUAGCGGGGGCGACGUUAUUAUAUGACUAUAAUUAUUACUAUUCUGUAUAUCAUUCAUAUUAAUGUUAUUAUGAUUAUUAAAUACAUGUUGAAGCAUGACUUUGCAAAAAAAAAAACUGAAGAAAAAAAAAACAGAAAAGAAAAAAAAACAACGCUGUACAUUUUUAGAUAUUUUAAAGAAAUACAAAAAGGUAUUUUUGUAAUCAAGUCAGAAGUGUGUGAGGAACUUUCAUACGUUUUUGUUUCCUUUCGCCCUUUGUGUUCUCGUGCCAUCGUGAGUAACUCGUCCGCCCUGCUGAACCAAAGCAGCCCUGUCAGUUUCCCAACAUGCUGCGUGGAGGGUUUUUUUGUUCUCCGUCUUUACCUGACAGAAGCCCUUUGUGCGGUCACCUGAUCCAGCUUCACAGAUCUGCAGUUUUUAAGGUAAUCAGACGUGUUUUGUUUUUUUUUAAAAAAAAGAGGCAUUGACAGGAAUAAGCCAUCGCCGGUGACGGUAGAGCGACCCAAACUGAGCCCUUUUGCUAUAAUUAGGAAAUCUGCUCCUUCGUCGUGUAGCGGCGGGACGGCGACGCAGUAUAGAGAAACAAAAGACCAAAGGCAUUUCUUUUUUCUUACACUGGAGAGCUAUUUCAUUUCUGACUGCGUUUGUAGUCUGAUUUCUUAUGAAGUGCGACGUUGUUUUCCUUUUUGGUGUCACUCCAAAGAGCCGCUCUGCAUCUGAAAGGACAUCCACUUUUGUCUAUUUUUAGGGGGAGCCAAUGUGUUGUUUUUUUAUUUUGUAAAGAUCGAAUUUACAUAGCAAAUGAUUGGAAGUGUUUAAAAAAAGACAACUUUUCUAAUCUUUCUGGGUCUGCAAUAACGUCUUUGCUGUACGACAUAUCACCGACUCCAUCGUGUUCCUGUGACACUUUGACGCCGGGAUGUAAACGAAAAAAGAAUUUGUGUAUUUUUCCGAUGAAGUCGCCGUGAUGUGACAAUCGACGAAAAAAAAAAAAAAGCUGAAAUACUGUAAAAUGUUCCCCCUUUUUUUCUUCCGCCCAGGUUGUGUACAAUCAUAUCGGACUGCUCGAGUCGUAGUCAGUGUUUGUAAUGAAUUAUAUGCAUCAUAUACUGUAUAUCAUAUCGACUGAUUUUUUCGGAAGCGGUUUUUUUUUUGCUUUUGCAUUUUUUUAAAGCCGAGUGUGGCACCAAAAAAUUUAUUAGAACAAGUAUUUAUAAAAACCUGUGUGUGUGUGUGUGUGUGUGUGUGUGUGGGAGUGUGUUUUUUAAUGGUCUUUCUAAAGCCCAUCUAUUAAUUCAUUGUAAGUAUUAUUGUAAGUUUUAAAGAAAAAAAAAUUGUAUAUUCAUUUGGUAAUUUUUUCUAGAUCUUUUUUCUUUUUCCUUUCUCGUCUGUCCGAUUGCUGUAUGUGACGUGUGUGAAUACUGUUUUCCUGCAUCAUUCACUGUGAAACCCGGAGGACGAACUCUGAGCGGAUGGAUGUGUUUUGCCAGCGGGACGGUACAGAAGUUCUUGGGGUUUAAAAAAAAACAAAAACCCCA